AUGCCGAGGGCUGCCGCGGAACCAGGCACCGGUCUGUGCGGGCCGGCGGGGCUCGCCCGGAGCCCGAGCUCCGCUCCGGCGGCACGGCCAAGCAGUGGCUCGGCAAAGCGGAGAGCUGAGCCCUGCCCGGCCCAGGGGACGGUCCCGCCGUCCGUCCCGCGGGGCCUAGAGGGCCGAGCACGAGCCCUCCCCACUGCAGCCACCCGCAGCUGGGACGUGGGCCGGGCCCCGCCGCCACAGACCCGGAGUCCGUCUCCAACCCGCGUCGUGGCAGUCGCGGCGGCUGCAGCCCGAGCACUCACCGGGAGGAGGGCCGAGCCGGGCCGAGCGCAGCCCACCGCGGCGAGCCCGCCCAGCGCUCUGCAGCCGCUGCUGGCGGCCAAAACACAGCGCCGGCCACCAACCGCGGAAACGUCACCACUGCCCCGCGCCCCGCCGGCCUUGGCCGGCUUCCGCUGCCGGGGCGCGCCUCAGCACCGCCUCCUUAAGGUGGCACCGCGGAAGCGUCUUGGGGUAGCUCCGCAGCACCACCAGUGGGGAAAGAGUGGGGUUCCCCCACGGCGCUGCGCACGCACCCAGGAGGCGGGGCGGGGCGGGGCGGGGCGGGGCGGGGCGUGGUGCCGCUCGGUGCGGCUCCUGCAGCGGGCCCGGCAACCUGAGCGUGCGCUGAGCCAGCGCCUUCAGCUGCCGGCCUGGGCGAACUCGCCAAAGGACCCUCCGGGGGGUGGCGCCCUCUCGCGCGCGCCAGCGAGUGGGUGUGCGCAGCACGCGCGCGAGGGGGGAGGGGCUUCGCGGCGUCGGCGGGAGGAGGCGCCCUCCCGCGGCGGCGCGAUGGAGCUGGAGGCGGCGCGGCGCGCGGUGCUGGCGGCGGUGCGGGGCACGUGCGCGGCCGACCUGCCCCGCCUGCUGCACUGGAUGCGUUACACCAGUGACUUUGAUGAGCUUGUGGCAAAUAACAAUGAUAUUGUUCUCAAAAAUAUCGCUGAAGAUUUGCGGAAUCGUUUACCCAUGGAAGCAAUGUUCCGUUCAGAACAUCAAGCUGUUCAGAAAAUACAUCAGCACCCACUGCCCAUGAUUCACGUUGAUGCAUUCCUUUAUGAUGAUGAUUUUGUUGACUCAUUGUGUGAGGAGGGGAAAAUGAGUAGGAGCUACUGCAAGGAGUGUGGCUCAUACAAGACUGCAUCUUUAGAGUUUAUUUCGCAUUCCUUUUCCCUCACGGAACUGAAGUUUCUUUAUCAACAUGUACUGCUCGAUCUGACAGGAAAGGUAGUGGUUGACGUUGGCUCCAGGCUUGGUGCAGUGCUAUUUGCGGGUUAUCUUUAUAGCUCAGCAUCUCAACUGUUCGGAGUAGAAAUGAAUGCAGACUUUUGCCAGUUGCAAGAAAUGAUGAUUACAAAGUACCAGUUCAUUGACAGAAUAAAGGUGGUUCACGCAGACAUCUGUACUCAGGCUUCACUUCUUCAGAAUGCUGAUGUUGUUGUAAUGAAUAAUGUCUUUGAAUAUUUUCUUGACAGACAGGAACAAGCCAGAGCUUGGGAAUUUAUUGCUUGUAAUGUAAGGAAAAGAGGAUCCUUGCUGGUGACAGUUCCAAGCCUUAGAGAAUCACUCUCAAAGCUACAGACAGAUGUGCAGCUAAGCCAGUGGGUUGAAGAGAUGCAGCUAAACUAUGAUGUGUAUAUGGAAAAGGAUGUUGACAGAGAAGCACUUGAACAAAUACAUUUAUACAAGAUUCUCUAGUACUUGGAAAAAAAAUUUGUAUCCUUGUAAUAUCAUAUAUUUUUGAUCCAAAAUGAAUUGGAAUUGAUUUGUGUGAAUAAAUUAGGUUGAAAUUCUUACUGAGCUUAUUCUGAGUCCUCUGUGGUUUGUAAUGGAAGAGUCUUUUGAAACAGGUUUUCUUAUAGAGGCAUUCUGUCUCAACAGAGUAUAUUGACUUUUAAUUAGACGAUAUCCUUAUGGUUUAAUUUUUUGAGGAAAUGAUAGAAAUAAUGGCUUCAUACUGGUGCUAAAAGAAUUUUUGUUUACUAGCAUUGUGCAUUGCUAGUGUUUGCUAAGUAUAUCAAACCUAAGAAUGGCAAGUCGUUAUUGAUGUGAAUUAUAAUAGC